CAACUUCAGAACUCUAUCAUAGUUAUUUUACAAAAGUCUUUUGGCAAAAAGCUUCAGCAUCUUCAGCGACUACUUUCAGCAAAAAGCAUUCACACAAGCAUUAUCGCAGGUCUUGAUGAGUGACAGUUCCAAUGGAUUCUGGAGGAUUUCAAUGCCUGCAUGAGACAAAAGCAGGCAAGGAGCAUCCAGAGACUGCUCCUCUGGAUCCAUACUCAACUCCCAGUGGACAUGGGAGGCUGAACUUGGAGGAGAAACUCCGUCUCAUGUUGCAGAAGGUCUGGAUGUCAGCUCAGACUUCAGAUGACCUCCUCACAGACAGACAGACAGACAGACAGCAAGAGCUUUAGAAAUGAUAAGCGAGCCAAAAUGGGUCACAGUUUGGAGGUAAAAUGGGUCACAAAUUGAAAAGAAAAACAAGCCAGUCUAUUAUUUUGGAAAAAGGUGUAGAAAAGGGAUGAUUUUUUUUCCCUAAACACUGUGUCGACAUCAAGAAAUCCUACUUUUUUUUUUUAAUGGUUAUUUUAUUGCAAGACUUUUUGACUCAAAAAUGAACAACAUUGUUUUCUGGCCAUUUUCUGGAGUUUUAACAGGAAUAUCUACUAUUUUAUAGAAAUAUUAUUCAUUACGGAGGGAAAAUGAAUAACAUUUCUCACAAUGUGGUCCAUUUUAGUUGACUCCACCCAUCAGCAGCAGUGUAACAGCGUUAUAGAUUAUUUGAGGCUUAUUUCCACAUAAACAAGAACAUUUUACGCAUCGAUGAGGGUUUUUACGCACUGGAUUUUCUUCCUCUGAACAAGAUUUCCCUCUUUCCUAUUCCCUCUUUUUUCUCUCCUCCCGUCUCCCUUUGAAGGCUUUUCUUCGGCCGCCUGGCUGUCGCAUCCUCUCUCUGCGCAGAGCUGCAUGGCAACCAGAGGAAGAGGAGGAGGAGGCUCGAGAUAAGGGAGGGUACCGCGGCCCCACGUGUCCCACUCACCGCAUUUCCCUUCACUUUUCCCAUCCCUUCGUUUCCACUUAUUCGCAUAGGCUACACACACACUGGCGUAUAUUCCCCUCAUCCAUACACCCCUCUAUAGCACGCACCCGCGCGGCGCUGCUGAGCGGAGCGGAGCGAUGCGCCCGCGAUGCGCGCUCUCCCGCCGAUCCCUCUCUAGGCCCGUAUCGAUUCAUUUUUCAUCAUCCUGAUAUGCAGAUCCAAAUUCGCCGUGGCAGCGUCGGCCGGAGCUGAGAGGGCGCGAGGUAGAGAGGGGGAGAGAUGAGAGGACGCGCAUCAUCAGAUGUUUAGCAGAUUAACUUUGGAUCCUCGCCACCAUCUCUGCUGUGCGUUUUUUGGUCUUCUUCCUCCUCUCCACCUACCCGGGUCCUGACGUUGCGCGGCUCUCCAUGCUGUAAUCCGGGGGAAUAUGUGAAGAUCAUGCUGGCGGUGUGGUGCUUCAUGCUCUUUGCUGCAGUGGGCGAGAGGCUUGCAGUCUCAGGUGUGGACAGGAGUGCUCUGCAGGAUGGAGGCAUGUGGGACUGGUUUGCCCCACCAGGCCGGCUGGACGCUGGGGACUCUGAGAUCACUUAUCCGAAGCGUCUGGUGCAGCAAAUUGAGUCAGAGGAGGAAAUGGCUCAUGACUUCUUAGACACCCGGGUGAAGAACAGCAGCCGAAGCAGCACGCCUGUCCACUUGGCCCAGAGUUGUUUUCAAGUAGAAGCCUUUGGACUCACCUUCACGUUAGACCUGGAACUCAACCAUCACCUGCUGUCCUCGGAUUACGUGGAGCGGCACUUCAACCACAAAGGCAGACCGUUGCAAUCUGUGGGUGGGGAGCACUGCUACUACCAGGGAAGGUUAAGAGGUUUAUCUGGAUCCUGGGCGGCUGUCUCCACCUGCCACGGCCUGUGCGGCAUGUUCUCCGACGGCGUGUUCUCGUACGGGAUCGAGCCCAUCCACAAUUCCAGUAAUCAGGUUGAUGGUGCUCACUUCAUACGGAGGAUGCAGGAUAUCAGACUCGGCCCACACUGCCCAGACUGCAGAGAGGAGGACGAGCCGGACAGCAGAGGAGGUGAUGAAGGCCACGCCAGAACGAGGGAGCAGCAGGGGUCUGCCGGGCUGAAAAGAUCCAAGAGAUUUGUUCACAGGCGCUCCGUCCAGACCGAGACCAAGUUCAUCGAGUUGAUGGUGGUCAACGACAAUGACAUGUUUGUGCAGCUGCGGAGCUCCAGCAGCCAAACCAAGAACUUUGCCAAAGCUGUGGUCAACACAGCCGACACAAUCUUUCAAGAACAGCUCAACACCAGGAUCGUGUUGGUCGCCAUGGAGACCUGGACCACUAAAAAUAUGAUGCCCGUCGUUGAGGAUCCACUGGAAACACUGCAGAACUUCAUGAAGUACCGAAAGGACAACAUCCGGGAGCAGAGUGACGUCGUCCAUCUAUUUUCAGGGCGCACGUUUCACAGCAGCCGCAGUGGGACGGCCUACACGGGAGGGGUGUGCUCUCCAACCAGAGGAGGGGGAAUCAACGAGUAUGGAAGUGUGGGUGUGAUGGCCAUCACUCUGUGUCAGAGUCUGGGGCAGAACAUCGGGAUGAGAUGGAACAACGCUCGCGCUUCUGCAGGCGACUGCAGGUGUCCCGACGCCUGGGUGGGCUGCAUCAUGGAAGAAAUCGGAUUUUAUCUGCCCAGAAAGUUUUCUCGCUGCAGUGUUGACGAGUACACGCAGUUCCUGCUGCAGGGGGGUGGGAGCUGCCUUUUCAACAAGCCCAAUAAGCUGCUGGAUCCUCCGGAGUGUGGGAACGGUUUUGUGGAACCAGGAGAAGAGUGUGACUGUGGGUCGCAGGUGGAAUGCGCUCGCAGCGGAGGAGCCUGCUGCAAGAAAUGCACCCUCACGCACGACGCCAUGUGCAGCAAUGGGCUCUGCUGCAGCAGCUGCAAGUACGAGCAGAGAGGAGUUGUGUGUCGAGGAGCCGUGAACGACUGUGACAUCCCAGAAACCUGCACCGGAGACUCCAGCCAGUGUCCUCACAACGUCCACAAGCUGGACGGCUACAUGUGUGACAACAGUCAGGGACGAUGUUACGGCGGGCGAUGCCGGACUCGUGACGGACAGUGCAAAGGACUCUGGGGCUUCAAUUCGGCGGACAGGUUUUGUUACGAGAAGCUGAACGCCGAGGGGACGGAGAAAGGGAACUGUGGUCAGGGUCCGGGGGGACAGGGCUGGCUGCAGUGCAACAAGCCGGAUGUGUUAUGUGGUUUCCUGUUCUGUGCCAACGCCACCACGAAGCCCAAGUUCGGAGAUCUGCAGGGCGAGGUGACCAGCUUCACCCUGUACCAUCAGAACAAGUACCUGGACUGCAGAGGCGGCCAUGCUCUUCUCGAGGACGGCUCUGACUUGGGUUAUGUGGAAGACGGCACCCCCUGUGGGCCCAACAUGAUGUGUCUGGAGAGACGCUGCCUCCCUGUGGCGGCCUUCAACCUCAGCACGUGCCCCGGCUCGAAGUUUGGAGGAAUCUGUUUUGACCACGGGACCUGCAGCAACGAGGUGAAAUGCAUCUGUGACAGGGACUACACGGGGAAGGACUGCAGCGUGUUCGAUCCCAUCCCAGAACCCACGGUCCCAUCAGGCCCAGAGAAGAAAGGAACAUUCGAAGAGGAAGAUCUGGAGGAGGAUAAGGUCUCCGUCUGUCUGUCUGUCCAUGUCGUUUCCACUCUCGUCUUCCUCCUCGCACUGUGUUGUGUCCACAUUGAAGAAGAGGAGAGUUUAAAAAAAAGAACCAAGUCUUCCAUUGCAGUCCCACAAUCUCCAGACCUCUUCAGAUUGUCGCUCCUUCCUCACUCCUGUCAGCCCCUUCCUUUUGUCCUCCUCUCGCCUCGGGGGUCCGUGGAGCUCCCUUCACCUCACCAGCCGAGUCAUACUGCAGAGGGCGGCGUCCGGGCUGCGGCUCGGGCGAGCGGGUCGCUCUCCCCGUGGGAUAACGGCGGGGACUUCCUCCAGCGCAGGAGCUCUACGAAUGUGCUUCUCCUCACGACAACGGCGGACCAAGUCUAUAAGAGACACGUCUUUCCAAUGCCUGCCUGCCUGUCUGCACACUCCAAACGCUACUUGAGCCCACAGUUUACUGCAGAACAUCACAGACUGAAAAAAAACAAAAUGUUGCAGGAGCUGAAACCUUUUUUUUGUCUUUGGUGAGUCGAGACAUGAACAAACCCAGUCAGCAUGUUUUCCAAAGACACUCCAAGGAUUGAAAAACUUGUUUUUAAGGCGUCCCCAUCCCUCUAAAACACAUUUUCAGGGAAGUAAAGCUGGACGUUUCGGUUUUGGGAUCAUAAAAAAAAAAAUAAUAAAAUACAAAGCAGCAAAGACCGUAACUUAGUGUUCUCUAUGUGAGACGGACCAACGUACAUUCCACUUUAUCUGAGCGUUUUCACCACUUCCAAAGUUAGGAGGCUUCUUCUUCUUCUUCUUCUUCUUCUUCUUCUGUGUGUCUGUUCAGGAGCGAAUGUACGGCUGACGAGGUUUUUAAAGAGAGGAAGAAUGUAUGUUUACAUAUUGUGAGGGCCGGCUCUGUCCACCUCCUGCCCUCACAGGCGGGUUCUUACCUCUAGACGAUCAUCUCUAUAAACUGCUUUUUGCUGCAGCCAUGCCUCCAUAACAGCAGCACAUGAAGAACAGUGUCAAAGAACAGAGCACUCGCCCACUGUAUGCACACCAGUUUGUAAAUAUGUGCAAAAUAUCAUGAAUGUUAAAUGAAGUGUAUGAAGAUUAAGUUGAAGCUGUGAUCAAAUAGUAUUAUCUGUUUUUUUUUUUUUCUCUAAGAUGUCUCAUCUCUUGACACGACUCGGAUCUGCGGCUCCGCCCAACCAGCGAGGCCAAGUGGACCCCGUAUGGUUUAAAAGUGGGCAGAAAAUGUGGGCCCCUCGUGUGUUUGCCCACAGUGGCUUAAGUGGGCACCCAGUGGGAUGGCUCGCUUCGCUAGCCAGCCUGUGGAUGACGUAGCAUGCUAGCAAGCUCCACUAUAGCGCGCUAGCAAGCUCUGCUGUAGCAAGCUCUGAUAUAUAGAGAUAGUGGGCUCGCUAGCAUUGCUGUAGCGAGCUAGUGAGUUCCGCUGUAUAGAAAUAGCAUGUUCUGCUGUUUAAAAGUGCUCUGUGGGCUUGCUAGCUUUGCUGUAGCGAGCUAACAAGAUACACUGUAUCGGCUCUGCUGUAUAGAGCUAGCAAGCUCUGCUAUAGCUUGCUAGCAAGCUCCACUGUAGCAUGCUAGCGAGUUCCGCUGUAUCGAGCUCUGAUAUAUAGAGAUAGUGGGCUCGCUAGCAUUGCUGUAGCGAGCUAGCGAGUUCCGCUGUAUUGAGCUCUGCUGUAUCGAGCUAGCAAGCUCCGCUGUAGCGAGCUUUGUUGUGUGCGAGCUAGUGAGUUCCACUGUAUAGAGCUAGCAUGUUUUAAGUGCUCUGCUGUAGCGGGCUUGCUAGCUUUGGCGUAGUGAGCUAACUAUUCACACUGUAUCUGCUCUGCUGUAUAGAGCUAGCAAGCCCUGCUAUAGCAUGCUAGCGAGCUCCACUCUAGCAUGCUAGCGAGUUCCGCUGUAUCAAGCUCCAAUGUAUAGAGCUAGCGUGCUCCACUAUAGCGGGCCAAGUUCCACUGUAUCAAGCUCCACUGUAAGGUGCAAUCGUGCUCCGAUGCAGCAGGCUUACUAGCUUCGCUGUAUCGAGCUAGCGAGCUCCGCUUUAGUGAGCUUCGUUUUAACGAUCAUCAAGCUCCGCUGUAUAGAGCUUUGUUGUAGUGAGCUAGCGAGUUCUGUUGUAUCAAGCUGUAUAGAGCUAGCAUGCUCUGCUGUAGCAGGCUCGCUAGUUUUGCUGCAGCAAGCUAGCAAGUUCCAUUAUAAUGAGCUUCGUUUUAGCGAGCUAGCAUGUUCCGCUGUUUCGAGUUCCGCUCUAUAGAGCUAGCAUGCUCCGAUGUAGCGAGCUAGCAAGCUCUGCUCUAUCGAACUAGCAACCAUCAUUGUAGCGAGCUAGUGAGUUCUGCUGUAUAGAGAUAGCGUGCUCCAAUAUAGUGGGCCGAGUUUCACUGUAUCAAGCUCCGCUGUAAGGAGCUAUCGUGCUCCGAUGCAGCAGGCUUGCUAGCUUCGCUGCAUCGAGCUAGCGAGCUCCACUGUAGCAAGCUUCGUUUUAGUGAGCUAGCAAGUUCGGCUGUCUCGAGCUUCGCUGUAUAGAGCUAGCAAGCUCCGCCGUAUCAACCUAGCGAGCUCCACUUUAGUGAGCUUCAUUGUAACGAGCUAGCGAGUUGCAUUGUAUCGAGCUCCGCUGUAUAGAGCUAGCAUGCUCUGCUCUAGUAUUCUUGCUAGCUUCACUGUAGCUAGGUAGUCAGUUCCGCCGUAUAGAGCUAGCAGCUCCGCUCUAGUAAGCUACCGAGCUUCGCUGUCCACCAGGCGGCUGGCUAGCGCAGCGAGCCUACCCACUGAGUGGCCACUUAAACCAACGUGGACAAACACAAUCUGGGUCCACAUUUUCUGCUCACUUCUAAACCACGUGGGCCCACCUGAUCGUGCUGGCUGGGAGAAGAACCGAUCCCUCUCAGAAACGUGAACAAGCUCCAAAACUAGGACUCAAAAGACCUGGUUCAAAGCCCAAGCGACGUCCGACACCUCGAGCGAGUCCGGUGUCCUCCGAGUUCAGAUCAAACCCACAGAUUCUCAGUCAUGCAGCUUAAAUCCAGAACAACCGAGCUUCUUUUUAAACCUGAUGUAAGUCAAACUGUUUUUAACUUAAGCUCUUAAAAUUAAAUUAAGGGGGGCGGGAAGCACAACGUGAGAUGUAUCUGACCCCUUAUUUUUAGACACUAUCUUUUUGAAUUAAAAGAAUGAACUGAUGCUUAGAGAAUGAAUUGAAAUGAAUGGAAAAUAAAAUAUCAAAACAUGAAACCACCA